UCACUAUUCAUCUGUAUAGAACUCUUGAGUUUAAGCGUUUUGAUACCAAAGGAUCCCAGAGUUGAUCUGAAAGAUGAGGACCUUCGUCGCUCUACUGUUUGUUCUCUGCAGCUGUCUCUCUGAGCUGCAGGUUUUUCAAAGUAGAGACAUUGACAAGAAGCCAAUCUUUAUGGAAACCACACAGCGGGCCAGCGAGAGCCAGGUGGAGGAACAGAGAGUCCUACUCCAGGAGCUGAGAGCCAUUGUGGCUCAACAGAGCACCAAACUGAAUGAGAUGGGAGCCACCGUGGAGGAACUGAAGAGAGAGAACAGAGAGAGACCGAAGGUGGCCUUCUCAGCCUCGUUGUCUGAAUCCAAAGGACCAAAUAGUGAUGAUGUCAUCCUGGCCUACAAACACGUCUUCAUCAAUAUUGGUGAGGCUUACAGUCCGGUGACGGGUAUCUUCAGAGCACCGGUUAAUGGAGUCUACUACUUCACAUACACUGCCUUUACAACCUCCAGCAAGGGGAGAAGAGUGUCGCUGUAUAAAAAUGGACUUGUAAUGGUGACUGUGACCGAUGACGUUUCGGACUCGGAGGACGGUGGAACCAAUGGUGUAACACUGCAGUUGGAUGCAGGAGACGAGGUCUACACUCGUCUGAUGGAAGGAUUUAACAUCUUUGAUGACAAUAAUCACCACAGCACCUUCACUGGCUUUCUGCUCUUCACUUAGAGAACAGUUUAUUCUAUCGCUGAAUCCUACUGCUUUAGAAGGAUUUAAUGACAUAUACUACUAUGAUUUAAUGACAUAUAUAUAGUACUAUGAUUUAUGACAUAUACUACUCUGAUUUAAUGACAUAUACUACUCUGAUUUAAUGACAUAUACUACUCUGAUUUAAUGACAUAUACUACUCUGAUUUAAUGACAUAUAGUACUAUGAUUUAAUGACAUAUAGUACUAUGAUUUAUGACAUAUAUAUAUAUAUAUAUAUAGUACUCUGAUUUAAUGACAUAUACUACUCUGAUUUAAUGACAUAUAUAUAUAUACAGUGCCUUGCGAAAGUAUUCGGCCCCCUUGAACUUUGUGACCUUUUGCCACAUUUCAGGCUUCAAACAUAAAGAUAUAAAACUGUAUUUUUUUGUGAAGAGUCAACAACAAGUGGGACACAAUCAUGAAGUGGAACGACAUUUAUUGGAUAUUUCAAACAUUUUUAACAAAUCAAAAACUGAAAAAUUUGGAGUGCAAAAUUAUUCAGCCCCCUUAAGUUAAUACUUUGUAGCGCCACCUUUUGUUGAGAUUACAGCUGUAAGUCGCUUGGGGUAUGUCUCUAUCAGUUUUGCACAUCGAGAGACUGGAAUUUUUUCCAAUUCCUCCUUGCAAAAUAGCUCGAGCACAGUGAGGUUGGAUGGAGAGCAUUUGUGAACAGAGCAGUUUUCAGUUCUUUCCACAGAUUCUCGAUUGGAUUCAGGUCUGGACUUUGACUUGGCCAUUCUAACACCUGGAUAUGUUUAUUUUUGAACCAUUCCAUUGUAGAUUUUGCUUUAUGUUUUGGAUCAUUGUCUUGUUGGAAGACAAAUCUCCGUCCCAGUCUCAGGUCUUUUGCAGACUCCAUCAGGUUUUCUUCCAGAAUGGUCCUGUAUUUGGCUCCAUCCAUCUUCCCAUCAAUUUUAACCAUCUUCCCUGCUGAAGAAAAGCAGGCCCAAACCAUGAUGCUGCCACCACCAUGUUUGACAGUGGGGAUGGUGUUUUCAGUGUGAUGAGCUGUGUUGCUUUUACGCCAAACAUAACGUUUUGCAUUGUUGCCAAAAAGUUCAAUUUUGGUUUCAUCUGACCAGAGCACCUUCUUCCACAUGUUUGGUGUGUCUCCCAGGUGGCUUGUGGCAAACAUUAAACAACACUUUUUAUGGAUAUCUUUAAGAAAUGGCUUUCUUCUUGCCACUCUUCCAUAAAGGCCAGAUUUGUGCAAUAUACGACUGAUUGUUGUCCUAUGGACAGAGUCUCCCACCUCAGCUGUAGAUCUCUGCAGUUCAUCCAGAGUGAUCAUGGGCCUCUUGGCUGCAUCUCUGAUCAGUCUUCUCCUUGUAUGAGCUGAAAGUUUAGAGGGACGGCCAGGUCUUGGUAGAUUUGCAGUGGUCUGAUACUCCUUCCAUUUCAAUAUUAUCGCUUGCACAGUGCUCCUUGGGAUGUUUAAAGCUUGGGAAAUCUUUUUGUAUCCAAAUCCGGCUUUAAACUUCUUCACAACAGUAUCUCGGACCUGCCUGGUGUGUUCCUUGUUCUUCAUGAUGCUCUCUGCGCUUUUAAUGGACCUCUGAGACUAUCACAGUGCAUGUGCAUUUAUACAGAGACUUGAUUACACACAGGUGGAUUGUAUUUACCAUCAUUAGUCAUUUAGGUCAACAUUGGAUCAUUCAGAGAUCCUCACUGAACUUCUGGAGAGAGUUUGCUGCACUGAAAGUAAAGGGGCUGAAUAAUUUUGCACGCCCAAUUUUUCAGUUUUUGAUUUGUUAAAAAAGUUUGAAAUAUCCAAUAAAUGUCGUUCCACUUCAUGAUUGUGUCCCACUUGUUGUUGAUUCUUCACAAAAAAAUACAGUUUUAUAUCUUUAUGUUUGAAGCAAAAGGUCGCAAAGUUCAAGGGGGCCCGAAUACUUUCGCAAGGCACUGUAUAUAGUACUCUGAUUUAAUGACAUAUAUAUAUAUAUAUAUAUAUGUGUAUAUGUGUAUAUGUAUAUGUAUAUGUAUAUAUAUAUGUAUAUGUAUAUAUAUAUAUAUAUACAUAUAUGUAUACGUAUAUAGUACUCUGAUUUAUGACAUAUAGUACUCUGAUUUAAUGACUAUGACAAACAUUUUUUUUCAAUGUUUUUUUUUUGGAGGGGGAACUAAGCAUUGAUAACAAGGUGAUAAACAAACAAUCGUGUGUCUUCAUCAUUUAACCCAACGCAUCUGAAUCAGAACCAACCAGUCCAGUGGAAUAUAUUAACAAGCUCAAGUUAUUUUUCAGUUAUUUUUGUAUGUACUGAUCGGGUGAUGCAAUCUUUGUGCUGCUUUGUAGCGGAAUGAAAGUGUAGACCUGAUUCUCUUUUCAAUAACUGACUAGUGAAUGAUUUUUAUAAAUCAUUUGUUUGAUCAAUGAGACAGAAUGGGAAGUUGGAAACGGGCCUCCAUGUUGUCUAAUGCAUAAAUAAAUGUUCUUCUCCAAUUAAGAAAGAUAA